UUUUGAUCCCUUGCUGUGUUUGGUUUUGUUUCCUGUAGUUUCUUUUUCUUUUCUUUUUUUCUGGCAACGCCCCGCAGUGAAACACUUAAACUGAAAGUGCACAGCUGUUCUUGGUAUUUCAACACAAUUCGAGAUGGAUGCAAUAUUGAACUUGCUUGAGCAGCACAGACUGGAGUUGUACUACCAGCAGUUUCUUCAACUGGGUGUCAAAGAUGAAAGAGAUUUCCUGGACGGUAUUACAGAUGAUGACCUCAACACCAUGGGCUUAAGUCAGGUGGAGAAGAAUCGUUUCUUAACCAUGAAAACCGUAAUUCAAAGAAACAGGGUUCCAGGACUUGGCGCUCACGGGGUUAUGCCGAUGAGGAAAUCGGCAAAGUCUUUCUGUCUGAAGUACACGUUCCCCAAGUGUCCGACACCCGUGUGCAUAAAAGAUAUGGAUCCACAACAGAACUCCAUUGAAGAUCUGAUGUUAAGGAUCUGUCACCUUGAAAAUGUUGGAAAUUCCAGAGGCGUCUGUCUCUAUACAGUCGAUGGAAUGCCCUUAACAGAUGAUCCCUUCUUCAACAUGUGGUCUCUGACAGACAGACACAUUCAAAAUGGAGAUGUAAUCUAUGCCAUAUUUACACCGAACGACAACCUGAAACAGGCUCCUCAGUUACCCAAAUUUGAGGUUUGUGCGUCCUCUGGGCAGGAUGAAGUUCGAUGCCACGUCAUGCUCAAAGGAGACUUCGAGGUUAUGGUGAACCUGGAAACUGACACAGUUAACAAUCUGAGAGUCUUACUUGCAAAUGCAAGUGGGAUCCCAGUGCAUGUUCUUCACUACAAUGGCGAACACUCUGUUGGUGCCACGCUGCAGAGUUGUGGGAUCUCUGAAGGAUCAACCGUUUUCUUUUCACUGUCGAGCUUUCCAGAUGAAGCUUCGUACAGUGAGACAUUCUUCAUUAAUGAUGUGACGCCUUCGGUGCAACAAACCCAUAAAGGAAUCAGCGUCUUUCUGUCUUCACUUUAUGCUGUCAAAUACAAUUGUCAAAGCAAAUUACAAAAGUUGAUUGCCUACAUACGCAGUCUAACUGGGUGUCAUCCUCUGGCCCAAAGUUUGCAUCAGUUACUCUGCCGCAAUGAAAAGGUCACCGGGAAUCAGAAGAUUGCCAUUAUUGAAGGAUUGUACAUCCUCUUCAGAGAGCUUUUGCCCCAACCUGCAACAACGCGAGAGGAAAAGUUCAUCAAGGACCUUUACGUCUUUGAAAAUUCAUUGUAUUGCUGGGCCUAUCUCUUAUCAAAAGCAGAGAAACAGUCGGCAGCAUCCGAGACCUAUGCAGCCAUCACCCUAACAUCUGAAGAUGGCAAACGAUUCUUUGAACCAGUCAGAGUUCCUGGUAUACCAGGCGUCUCUGAAAGGCAGAGUGUCAUCCAGAAAAUCAAAGAUGGAGAGAAAAUUCCAAAUUGCACUGAAGACCUUUUGCAAGAAGCAUCAAUACAGAGAGCCACUGACGUGGAAAAACUCUUGCUCAGUUUGUCUCCAUCCACCAGAAAGUAUCCUCUUUGGAUUUACCAAGACACCAUGAAUAGUCAGAACUUUCAGAUAAAUAUUGAUGCAACCUUUGGAGAUAUGGUGGAAGGACUGAAGUCUUUACCUCAUCUCAAUGUCACACCACCACUACAUUUGAAGAGUCUGGGACUGAAUCAACCACGCCUUGUUCUUCUGAGUGAAGAUAAUCUUGGUGUCUAUCUAAAUAAAUUCAAAGGAUCACGUGACAUGAUCGAAGUACGUGAUUGUCUGGAUGGCAAAGUCAAGACGGUGGAUGUUAACGAAUUGGCCAACAAGACAGGUGACCAUAGAGAUGACAGUGCAUUUGUCACAACCAGGACCCCUAAAGAGGCUAUAAUGGUGCUGAUAGAUUCUAGUUCUUCCAUGGAAGAAGAGUGCUAUGGAAGUGGAGAAAUACAAAAAAUGAAUGCUGUGAAAGAGCUCUUUGACAACUUUGCAACAAGGACCAUGGCUUAUGAUUUUCAUCACGUCAUUGCUCUUGUGAAGUUUGACUCCAUGGUGAAAACUCUGCACACAUUUACUGAAAAUCUGGAGCGGUUUAAGGAACAUAUACGUACGGUUGAGGCAAAUGGAUGCACUCUACUGUAUGAUGCUCUACGACGUGGGGUAUCAGAGUUGGAAAAGGUCAAGUUGAAAUUUCCAGAUUGUCGACUUCGCAUCAUAUGUCUCACUGAUGGCAAUGACUCUGGAUCCUCAAUAGAACCAGUUGCUGUCACAGUCAAACUGCUAAAAUCCAACAUCAUUGUGGAUUCAGUCCUCCUUGGAGAAGUGGAAAACACAAUGCUGCAUGGAAUCAGCAAUGCAACAGGUGGCUGCUGUUUCAAGCCAGAAACGACUAAAGAUGGUCUGAAGCUCUUUGAGAUCGAGACUGUUCUUUCUCUAGAGCAGAGGAAACCUAAGGAAAAACUGGACCCAUCCACCAUCACUGAGCGUGUUUUAACUAAGAUGUUUGCCACGCGUGGCUAUGAUAAAUACCCAGAGACAUCUUUGCCAAGUCAGAUGAGCACCAAAGUGAUGCCCACAGAAAGUGCCCUGAAAAAGACAAAAGUGGGACAGUUCAUGGAGAAGGAGAAACGUGUUCUGGAGGAGCUGAAGAGUUUGCACUGUGACCCACAUCCAUUCUUCCGAGUCUUUCCAUCAGAGUCGGACUUCACAUUCUGGCGGCUUCUUAUGCAAGGCCCUCCUGACACCUCGUAUGAGAACGGGGUCUUUGAGCUGUACUGCCAGUUUGGUCCCGAAUACCCAGUGAAGCCUCCACUCGUCCGAUUUGUAACACGUGUAUACCACUGCAAUGUCAACAGUGUGGGGCGCAUCUGCCACAACAUAUUUGACCGCAACUUCAACGCCCAUAUCACCAUGAGGGAAAUUCUUGAUGCAGUUUACGGACUGCUCAUCAUCCCUGAGCCUGAUGAUCCAUUAGACAGCAUUUUGGCUGAGGAGUUCCUGACCAAUCGUGAGACUUAUGAACGGGAAGCCAAAAAAUGUACAAAAGAAGCUGCAGGGAGCUCAUUGGAUGACAUUGAGAAGGAAUUGGUGGAUGCGCUGCCACAGUACAUACCCCGACAUCUCAUCUGUCCGCUUACCAAGAAGAUGUUUGUUGAUCCUGUCAAAACAAUCUAUGGCACAGUGUAUGAGCGGAAAGCCAUCGAGGAGCAUCUCAAACGACACCGGUAUGAUCCAUCAGCUGGUCCAAGGAAUGAGCUCACACUUGGUGACUUGAAGAUGGACCGUGAGAUGAAGAAAAUGGUGAUGGAUCAUCGCUCACGGCAAAUUCAGUGAACAUGUGGAAGGA